CGAUCAUCUCUCUCAUCGACCAACGCUUCGCCGAACACAUUGACACGCUCUAGACACCCAGCCUAUGGGCAGACCAUAGUCGCGAUCCCGUUGACGCCCUCUCUCCUUUCUCCGAAUAGUCGAGCAAUCGAAACGAGACGACAAAAUGAAUCCACAGAUGCAGAAUUACAGACAGUAUGCCCAGGCGCAAGGAAGGUCCCCAGCAGCACGUAGGCCAGGUGAGUGCGACUUGAGCACCCCGAUAUCUGCGAGCCCAGAUAUCGGAGGAGGUCCCAAUAAUCCCUUUAAGGAAAUGGAUCAACAUGAUGAGCGACACCUCAAGACGCUCCUGCCCAAAUACCGUCGUUUAGUGGACACUGGACAGAUGGCUCUCUUAUCUGCUUGUCUCAUGCAAAACCAAGAGAUCUUUCACUCACAAACCCUAGGCCAGAUUCCACCAGUCCAACAUGCCGCCCAGCAAGCGCAAGCUCAGAUGAUGCAACAACAAGCCCAACAGCGCAAUGCUGCGAUCGAACACCAAUUGGCGCAGCGACGUGUGCGAAAACCUAGCGAUCGAAAUAUGCCAGAUGGGCUAGAAGAGAUAGUUAUUGGGGAUGGGGUUGAGCAGUAUAAGAAACUGCGCGAGGCUGAGAAACGAUUAGACCAUCUGAUGGCGCGAAAGAGAUUGGAAAUCCAUGACAACUUCAGCAAAAACGUUAAAAGACAGAAAACGAUGCGGAUAUGGAUCUCCAAUACCGUCUCAAGCCAACCCUGGCAGAUGAAUCCAGACGAAGAAGGUUUCACAUUCGACUCGGGCGGCGAGCCUACCUAUCGAGUCAAGAUUCAAGGCAGGUUACUGGAAUAUGACGACGAUGACAUCUUACACAGUGACGACGAAGAUCAAGAGAUGGGAGACCAAGACAAGCCGGUCAAAGAGAAGAAAAUCAAGACGCCCUCCAAAAAAUUCACCCACUUCUUCAAGGGGAUGAACGUCGAGUUUGACAACCCCAAAGGCGGCCUCGGCGAUCCCAAUCAGACGGUAACGUGGAAGAAGGGUCAAAGCAGUACUCAAGCUGGUGACUUUGACACCAUUGAAUUUGAGCGUAAAGCCGACGAAAACGCCAACAUUACAAUCUGCCUGACACGCGACGAACAACCCGAAAGAUAUCGCCUAUCCAAGGCUCUAGCUGAAACUCUGGAUAUGGAAGAAGCUGACCGUGCAGAAGUCGUCAUGGGCAUUUGGGACUACGUGCGCGCCAUGGGCCUGCAAGAAGACGAAGAGCGCCGGAGUAUUCAGUGCGACGACUCACUAAAACGCAUCUUCGACACAGACACAUUUUUUUUCCCUCAGGCUGCCGAACGGCUAGUCCCGCAUUUACACCCCUUGCCUCCUGUGCGAUUACCCUACACCAUCCGCGUGGAUGAAGAGUAUCAUAAAAAUCCCGAACCCACGGUCUAUGAUGUGCAGGUCACAGUUGAAGACCCUCUCCGCCCGUUGAUCUUCAAACUCACUCAAAACCCAGAGUACCAAGCUGCGCUCCGGUCCGUUGCGAAACUGGACGACGAACUCGCCAUAGUGGUACAAGCUUUGCAUCAUCAAAAGGCACGGCACCAGUUCUUCACAAGCAUGGCGAAAGAUCCGCAGAAAUUCAUCGAGAGGUGGCUAAGCAGUCAGAAGAAGGAUCUCAGUGUACUGCUUGCGGAGCAAGAGCGAGGCGAUGUGGCGGGCAUGGAGUUCUCGAAGGGUGGGGAAGACAGUGUAUGGGGAGGCCAAGUUGUCAGGGAGGCGGUGAGGUAUAGACUUGCUAGAGCCGAGGCCACAGGAAGGUGAGGGUUAUGAAGGGUCCGCAUUCAUGGGUUAUGAAGUUAGCAGCGGCGGUUCAAACUAGCAAGGCAUUGGAGCUGUGAGCAAAUAUGCUCAGGCCGUACCAGAGUGGUUGGAGUUUUACUGCGAGCAAAGAUUCCGUCUUCAGAUGGCGCCAAUAUGAAAGGGAAAGGACGGCACCAUCCAGAUCUGGCGGAUGAACAUCACGAUAUACAACCAUGUCGCAAGUGGAUGGAUCGGACGCCCUUUGGGGCAAGGAUUUCUCUUAGGCCGCCUCCUUUCGUUACUGCCUUUGUGUGCACCAGGUGCGGUCUCAAGGGUCAAAGAAACCGAAAGAGUAUCUGGAUGACUAGUAAGUAGACCAUCCGGGUUCAUUUGAAGCCUGUUGUUACCAUAUAUGUUACAAUAUCCAUGAUCUGUA